CAGGAGUUUGGCAUCUUUCUCAAAAAACGAGCCAGCCUUGAGGAAGACAAUGCUCAGACGCUGAAGAAGCUGGCGCGCGCCACCCAAGAUAACAUCCGACGACCCGAACACCGCGGAGGCUCAUUUGGCCAAGUAUACGAGGAAAUGGUCCAAAUCCACGAACGCAUGGCUGAUAACGGCAUCCACUUUGCCGCAACGCUUCUGCAGAUGAACGAAGAGCUCCUCGAGGCGGCUGGCACUGCUGAGCGCAACCGCAAAUCUUGGAAAGCCACCGGUCUAUCAGCCGAGCAAAAGGUCGUCGAUCUCGAGGUCGCAAUGCGCAAGAGCAAGGCGAAAUACGACUCUCUGGCCGAAGAAUAUGACCGCGCCCGGACAGGCGAGAGCAGACCUGGCGGCGGCAAAGUUUUGGGCGCAUUCAAAGCACACAAGUCGGCCGCCCAGCAAGAGGAGGAGCUCCUCAAGAAGGUUCAGACUGCAGAUCAGAUGUACCACAGCGCCGUCACCAGUCUACAGACGGAGAAGGCUCAGCUGCAGAAUACAACUCGGCCUGAACUUAUCAAGUCGCUUCAGGAGGCUAUUCGCGAGAUAGAUUCUGCUGUCGGCAUGCAGAUGCAAAAGUUUGCUUUGAAUAACGAGAAUCUACUGCUUGGCAAUGGUCUCGUCAUCAGUCCGUUUAGAAACAGCACUUCCAUUGGCCCCAACCAGCCCCGAAGCAUGAGAUUCGCCGUCGCGUCCAUCAACAUCAACAAGGACCUGGAUGAGUUCGUGGCCGGAUUCCACUCCAAGGUUCAGCCAAACACGGGCGAGAUCAAAUACGAGCGCAAUCCAGUGCGCGGAUUUCAGCAAAGCCCGCAGUCUUUCUCGGUGGCAUCACGGACAGGCCCUAGCAACUUCAACGGCCCUCCAGCAGGCGCUCCAGGCCCCCAGGGACCACCGGCUGCUACUACUUCUACUCCCACUAACGCAGAGCCUCCAAAAUCAUUCCAUCAACCGAACCACAGCCGUACCUUUAGUCAAGGCAACAUGCUGAAUUCCCCCAUUAGCCCCCAGCCUCAAUAUGGCUCAGUGGGCCCAAUGGGUCCAGCAUCAGGAGGCCCUCGCUUCCCCAACGGUGGCCCUGCACUUACCGGCCCGCCACAGCUCGGAGCGCUUGCCUUCCAAGAGAGCGAGGGUCCAUCUGAGAAGAGCUCUUCGCCUCCUCAGCUGGGACUUCCAUAUCAGCCUCCGGGGCCAAGCGCUCCACCAGCAUACAGCGGCCCACCUGCUCUCAACACUUCUGCGGGCUCAAAGCCCGUGUUUGGCGUUCAUCUAGGCCGCUUAUAUGAGCGAGAUGGCCUUGCUGUGCCCAUGGUUGUGUACCAGUGUAUCCAAGCUGUCGACUUGUUUGGACUGGGCGUGGAGGGCAUCUACCGCCAGUCUGGUUCCAUGAACCACAUUAACCGACUAAAAUCCAUGUUCGAUUCAGAAUCUCAAGCACAAGCGCUUGACUUUAGAAACCCAGAGAACUUUUUCCACGAUGUCAACAGUGUUACGGGCCUGUUGAAGCAGUUCUUCCGGGAUCUGCCUGAUCCGCUCUUCACCACGGAGCACCACAGCAGCUUCAUCAACGCAGCGAAACACGAAGAUGAAAUCGUCCGCCGGGACAACCUCCACGCCAUCAUCAACAGCCUGCCCGACCCCAACUACGCCACCCUCCGCGCCCUCAUGCUUCACCUGCACCGCGUCAUCGACAACUCCCACAUCAACCGCAUGAACUCCCACAACCUGGCCGUCAUCCUCGGUCCCACGCUCAUGGGCACCGAUCCCAGCACCGCUAUUACAGAUGCCGGCUGGCAGAUCAAGGUCAUUGACACAAUAUUGGUCAACACGUACCAGAUCUUUGACGAGGAUUGA